AUGGAGACCCUUUGUUCUUCUUCUCUUUUGACUAAACAGGCUCUUCCUUUAUCUUCAAUCAACUUCGCAGGAGCUGGCUCCGUCUCAGUCCCUGGCUUCUCUUUGCCUUCCCUCAAGACUCGAGCUUUUCCCGUCUGUAUCAGAAAACACAGUGCAGUUGGGAUCCCAAGGGCCUCUGUCGCUGUUGAGCAGCAGACCCAGAAGGCCAAACUGGCGCUAAUCAGAAUUGGCACCCGAGGGAGGUACACUUUUCCUGUUAUCGCCGAUUUCUUACUUGUGGGUUUGCUCCUAUUUCAGAAUGAUAGCCCACUAGCACUUGCUCAGGCUCAUGAGACUAGAGACAAACUCAUGGCAUCGCAUCCAGACCUAGCUGAAGAGGGGGCAAUUCAGAUUGUAAUUAUAAAAACAACAGGUGAUAAAAUACUGAGCCAACCCCUUGCGGACAUUGGUGGGAAGGGCUUGUUCACCAAGGAAAUAGACGAGGCACUAAUCAAUGGUGAAAUUGACAUUGCUGUCCACUCAAUGAAAGAUGUCCCUACCUACUUACCUGAUAAGACAAUUCUUCCAUGCAACCUUCCGCGAGAGGAUGUCCGAGAUGCGUUUAUAUCCUUAACUGUAUCUUCUUUGGCAGAUCUGCCAGCUGGGAGCACUAUUGGUACUGCUUCCCUGAGAAGAAAGUCACAGAUACUCAAUAGAUAUCCAUCGCUCAAUGUGCUAGAGAAUUUUCGUGGUAAUGUCCAGACACGGCUGAGAAAACUCAAUGAAAAGGUAGUCCAAGCAACCUUAUUGGCCUUAGCUGGACUCAAACGCUUAGAUAUGACGGAAAAUGUGACUUCAAUUCUUUCACUAGAUGAAAUGCUUCCAGCAGUUGCACAAGGGGCAAUUGGAAUUGCCUGCCGAAGCAAUGAUGAUAAAAUGGCUAAUUACAUAGCCUCAUUGAAUCACGAGGAAACAAGGCUAGCAGUUGCAUGUGAGAGGGCGUUUCUUCUGACCCUGGAUGGGUCCUGCCGGACUCCCAUUGCUGGAUAUGCUAGCAGAGAUGAGGAUGGUAAUUGCAUAUUCAAAGGGUUGGUGGCUUCCCCUGAUGGAACCCGUGUACUGGAAACUUCGAGGAAAGGCACAUAUGCUUUUCAAGAUAUGAUCAACAUGGGUAAGGAUGCAGGCCAGGAACUUCUUUCACGAGCAGGUCCUGGUUUUUUUGAUAGUUAA